GAGGACCAGACUUGGCAGAGGGCAGUAGGCAGGAGGCCCUGGGGUGGGCCUGGUGGGCCUGGCUACUGUCUCUAGGCUCUGCAUAGGGCGCCUGCCAGCCCACUCUCCUCCCCUGUGUCAAUCACAGAAUAAAUAGGGCAGAGAUCAAGAGAAGAAAGAGGUAGGUGAACACAGCUGGACAGGGAGACAGAGGACAUACAGUGCCACUUCAGGGACAGGAAGGAAGACAGUCAACACCUCUUCCCUGACACCAGGCAGACCUGAUUGCUAAAGCUCUUGGGGACACUGACACAUAACUUUCAGAGGGACAAUGGGAGGCAGGGAAAGGCUGGGACACAAGUCAGUCCAGUAUCACCAAGCCAUAUCCGGCCAAUAGCAAUGAGAUAGUACAGAAUAGGCCCGAACUGACCCAAAAAGAGACAGGUGGUGAGAAUUCAGCCAGUCUGGGGGAAGAGCUGGGAUCCCUGAGCUGUGUUCUGCUUCAUGGACCCCAGCCUGCGGAGACCAGCCAGCCCACCGCAACCAGAUGAGGGCCUCCCCACUGGCCUCGCAGCUGCCUCAGUCCCCUGGAAAAGCCUUGGCCCCAGCAAAGGUCACAGAGAGUCCCCAGGAAGCCUGGUGGAAACCUCUGCUUCCCGGAAGGAGGCCCAGGGUGAAGAACACUCAGCAGCAGCUCCACUGGACGUGUCACGCCUGCGCAGCUCCUCAAUGGAGAUCCGAGAGAAGGGCUCAGAGUUCCUGAAGGAGGAGCUAUACAAAGCCCAGAAGGAGCUGAAGCUGAAGGACGAGGAGUGCGAACGGCUUUGCAAGGUGCGCGCCCAGCUGGAGCAGGAGCUGGAGGAACUGACGGCCAGCCUGUUCCAGGAAGCUCACAAGAUGGUUCGGGAAGCCAACAUGAAGCAGGCUGCAUCAGAAAAGCAGUUGAAGGAGGCUUGGGGCAAGAUUGACAUGCUGCAGGCAGAGGUGACAGCCUUGAAGACACUGGUCAUCACGUCCACACCAGCCUCUCCCAACCGUGAGCUCCACCCACAGCUGCUGAGCCCCACCAAGGCCGGACCCCGAAAGGGCCACUCACGCCAUAAGAGUACCAGCAGUUCCCUGUGCCCAGUUGUGUGUCCCACAGCAGGGCACAUUCCCACCCCAGACAAAGAAGGCAAGGAGCCUGGCCUGCCCCCUCUACUCUCCCUGCUCCUGUGCGUGAUCCCCAGCAAGGCCAUCCACCUCACCUACGAGCCGACCUGGCAGCUCCCACCUGGGGAGCCGCCCAUGGCCCCCAACUCUGCUACCUCUCUCUCCUUUUCCCAACAGGUGGAUACGACCCUGUUUUCAGAGUUCCAGGCUUGGAGGGCAUCGCCUACCCUGGAUAAGGACUGCCCCUUCCUAGAAAGGGUGUACCGGGAGGAUGUGGGUCCCUGCCUGGACUUCACAGUGCAGGAGCUCUCAUCUCUGGUGCGGGCUGCCGUGGAGGAUAACACACUCACCAUUGAGCCCGUGGCUUCCCAGAAUCCUCCCACUGUGAAGGUGCCCACUGUUGAAUGUAACAACGCCAACAUGUGUGCCCUGAGUGGAUUAGCCCGUGCCUGUCACCACCGAAUCCGCCUCGGGGACUCUGAGAGUCAUUAUUACAUCUCACCGUCGUCCCGGGCCAGGAUCACUGCAGUAUGCAACUUCUUCACCUACAUUCGCUACAUCCAGCAAGGCUUGGUUCGGCAGGAUGCUGAACCGAUGUUCUGGGAGAUUAUGAGGCUUCGGAAGGGGAUGUCACUAGCCAAGCUUGGCUUCUUCCCACAGGAGGCCUAGGGCAUGGCCCCAGGCCUGAAGUAGGCUCUGAGCUAGAGCAAGCAGCUGCCUUGGGACAGACAGACAAGAAAUCCCGGAGCCAGCUUGAGCCAGAAGCUGAAAGGACAAAUAAACAGCCAGGCUGUAGAGAUGGCACUAAGCCAGUCCCGCCCAUUCCUCCUGGGACAGACAGAAGGACAGCCUGCCCUGGACUUCAUGAGAUGACCCUCUUGCCCACUGGGCUCUGUAGCCACCAAGAGAAUCUCAAGAAAGAGCCAAAGACCAAGGAGCUCGGAACCAUACUGGGGAGAGGCUCAGUCCUAGAGAGUGGACCCUUGAUCAGCCAGUACCCUCCACAAUUCCCUGCUGCCACGUCUUCAGAAAGGGACUGUUCUAAGGUGGCUGGAUCUCCAGAGUGUGCUCCGCCACAGCCUCUAAGCCCUGGGUCACCAGCACCCCCUUGUGGCCAUCUCUCACCCUGUUCCCAAGUGGCCUCAGAUUGCCCCAGCAGUAGGGCAAGUGUCUCCAAUCUGAGCAUGGUGGAGGGACAACUGCCACAAAAUGCUCUGAAAAUGAGUCCUUGACACCCCCAUUCCUCUGCAUAGAGGCUUCUCUGUCCCCUCCCCCCCUACUUCAACCCCAUCUCCAGGAGGCCCUGGUCCUAAAAUUGCCAGGGGUCUGGGCUCUUCCUUCCCAAAAUGUGCCACCAGGGGAACCUCAGGAUGUAGUGUGGGCAGCCAUCCAGACUACAGGGGCCCUGUAUGUGGGACUGCAUGGAGUGGGCAGGCGACCCAGGACCUGGACCCUGCCUUAUCCAUCAUAGCCCACCGGGAGCUGGGCUUGGGGGAUCCAACCUGGACAUAUCCCUCACCACACCCCUAUUUCCUUCAAGUGGAAUGUAACACGAUCUCUAUUUAAUAAAGGAAGGCUUUGUUGGUAGGGGCUAGGCAGCAGUGGCCUUCACUCUUGCACCCUGGGGCUCUGGCCAGAGCUUGGGCAUCUGAAGGAAUGAAAUCAAAUCCUUUUCGGACUGACCUCGUGCUUGGGAUUAAACCCAAACCCUGAAGCCACCCCCACUGCUGCCACCACUUACAAGCUGUUGGGAAGGCUGCUGGAGUUGUCCUUAGUAUUCCAUGUGCUGUGGGGUGUUGGAAUGAGUUUUGCCACUCUGUGUGUUCAGUUCUGACCUGUGAAUUCCCUAGCCCUCAGAGAUGAUCCCCAGCCUAUGAGAAGCCUGGAGUCGAAGCAUCUAGGCUUCCCAGGGCUUGGCAGGAUAGUGCAAGACUGAUUGGUGCUACCUGCCAUAGGUCAGAUGGGCACUAGAGAAGUGCAGUCUUAGAUGGGUUCUUAGCGAGGCAUGGCAGGCACACGCUGAAAAGGGGGUAACCCCUCAAAGUAGGACCGAGGAGAUGUCCUGGGGUUCCCGCCUCUGCCCCACCUUGGGCCUUUGUGCUUUCUUGAAAGGAGAGUGCAGCAGAUUCUGGGUUAGGUCAGAGGUUGUCAGUAGCCCACAGGAACUUCUCUGGGCCUGAGGCCCAGAUGCAACUCAGAUGGUCGGUCAUCUGGGGGCUGGCCAGGUCUCCGUCGAGGUCCUCUGCCUUCACUUGUCCCCAGGGCUCUUCUGCCUCCACUGCAGCUCUGUGUCCUCACGACCCCUCCCUGCUCCAUUAUGGGUCCAAUCCUUUUCAGUCUUCCCAGCCCCCACAGACACCUGGUCACUGACCAGAGCCCUGUCACACCUACCCAUUCAUUUAACCACUACAGGGGCGGUCUCUGUGCUGGACACUGGCAAUAAUAAACACACCAGCAACACAUGCAGGUCACUGGAUGGAGGAGAGUGAAGACGAAGGAGAAUGCCAGGGAAGGACUUGGUGUGCCGGAUGGGAUUCCCCACUGCAUCCUCUAACUAUAUCAACCCUUGCUCACCUGAGGACGGGAGGAUAAAACCUGGGCCCCGGACUUAAUCAGUCCCUAACUUCUGUGUUCUUGGCUCAGCCAUAUGCAGGACCAAAGAGACACCGGGAGGCACUCCAGAGGUCCGUGGAGGACCUUCCUCCCCUGACUUACAUGCUUGCUGUUACAAAGCAUUGACCAUGAUCAGACCACAGGUGGGGCCAUCAACACAGACACACCCUGGUAACAGCAAUUAAUAGCUUAGCACUAGUCAUAGCUCCCAGCCCUCUCUGAACCCAUUAUUUCGGCCUCUUAGCAACGUUAAAACAUGCUGUUCUCCUUCAUAUAAGUGGAUAGAGGCACCGGAGAACACAAAGAGGUCCUGAGGGUGGGGCUUAUUUAGCUCAGGGUAGAGGCUUACCUUGCAAGCACAGGCUCUAGGUCAGUCCCCUGUUCCAGAAGACAAAACAAAAAACAAAGAACCGCACACAAAGAGGUCCUAAGUCUCUGGGACCCACAGUAUUACCCCACUUCUUAGUGCUGUGCUUUAAUUUUAUAAACUAACACCCCAAGUGUGCUUAAGUUCUUUGCCUCUGUAAUUGGUGCAGAAGGCUGGGGUGUAACAGAGGUAGACAGCUCAAGGCCUGGGGUUUGACCCUCAGCACCACACACAGCGAAAGGAGAGAAGCAGACUGAGACAGGGCUGGCAUUUGAACCUAGGUUUGUUUCCUGUACGAUACCCUGUUAGGGUUGACUGUGUUACCGGAUCUGUAAAGUAACUUGGGCUCUGACUCUUGGAGCUGAUUAGAGAGGUUAACUGCCAUCAACUAUAGAGUUGUUCCUAAGUUUUCUAGAUAACCCUCUUGGGCUUCUGAAUGCUUGGCACAUAGGAGACAUUUGAGCCCUCCUGGGCUAGCCCUGAGUCUGGCCUCUAGGCAUGAAGGCAUUGAACCUGACUAAGCACAUUUACCUGGGGCCACACCCAGAGAUAUCUCACUUUACCAUCUGCCAAACCUGCCCUGAUUUGAACACUGCCAGGGCUGUGACCUUGGAGCAUGUUGCUUUUCUCAUUUAUGAGUUGGGAUUAUGAUUUUGACUCUUCUGAAGUGGUGUGUGUGCACAUGGACCAUGGUGCCCUUAUCAGAAGACAACCUCUGGUGUUGUGUUCAUUUUCAUCCUCCCCUUGUUGGAGGCAGAGUCUUUUAUUGUCCAUUGCUGUAUAGGCCAGGCUAGCUUCUGGGAAUUCUCCUGCCUCUGCCUCCCACCUUCCCAUUAUGAACACAGGGAUCGAACUUUAUACAAGUUCUGCGGCUCUGGACUCAGGUCAUUGGACUUGCACAGGAAGUGCUUUACCCACUGAGCAAUCUCUGUCAUACUCACUGUUUUAAAACAUGCGAUCUUAUCCAUUUUUAAGUGUAGAAUUAUAGCUGUGUUAGGUGUAUUCACACUGCCAUGAAACCAACCAAUAUACCUUUUGCAUCUUGCAGAACAAAUGCUGUGCCCAUUAGACAAUUCCCUCUUUCACCUGCCCUCUAGACUGUGGAGACCAGCAUUUCACCUCCGGCCUCUGUGAGUCUGACUCCUCUAGAGACUUGUCAUAAGUGGAAUUAUAGCAUAUUCAUCUUCUUGUAACUGGUUUGUUUCAUGUAAUACUCUCAAUAUCCACCAUGUGGUAAGAUGGAAGGACUUCCUUGUUAAGGCUCAGCAAUGUUCUGUUGUGUGUGUGUAACACCCUGCCGUUGUUUGUCCUUUCAGUGGAGAUAGACACGGCCUCCUGGUACCUGUUUAUGUGUAUGCAACCAUCUCUUGGAGACCCUACUUAGAGCCUUUUUGAAUAAACAACCAGAAGUAA